UGUGAUGUCAGCAUGAAUCCUCAUCUCCCUUGCUCAUCUUUCCUCUCUCAGAAGAUAUACUCACCUGGCUACUCAACCUCAGCCCCUUCCUGGAGGUUAUCACCGGGAGCACAGGACUCUGUGGUACAUGCACCCAAGAUGUACUAUUGACUCACCGCCAUUGAAGAGAAUGAAGGAGAAUGUGCCACUUCUGAGACUGAGUCAUGGGAAGCACCGCGGCCUCCAUCUUGGAUGAGAAGCAACAAGGAACGUAUAAAUGAGAGAAGGCAGAGAGGACUGUGACAAGGAGUCUGCGACUUUGGCUGUGCUAGGACAGAAGAGGCAGUUUAAGACACUGAAAGAUGGACAUCAAGACAAAGGGUGGAAGGUGGUGAGGAGAUGUGGGACAUCUCUAACCUGCUGAACACCUUCCUCCACUGGCACAGACCGCAGUCUGGCUUCAUUCCUGCCUCCCUCUUCAGACAGAGAGCUCCCAAACUGAGGACCUGUAUUUGUUCGUCUGGGGACCCUAAGCCCCUGAAAGGUAAAGACUGAAAAAUAUCUGGAAGAAUAUGGUACCCAACUGCUACAGUGGCUACUUCUGAAAAGAGAUUGGAAAGACAGAGAGGGGAUUUUCCAGUUCAGAAAAGUGAAAUCAGGUGCUGGAAGGUGGCUCUUACAUCCCUGGCGAAAGAAACGGUGCUGAAGACAAUUCCUGUGACCGUUUGGGAGUCAGUGACCCAGCCGAGGGUCAGCAAAUGCCUUUUCACUCACCACCAAGCACCUCAUACAACCUGUCUACUAAACUAUAAGAGUUGUUUGCACCGUAAAUGUUUAUUGAUCACUUAGCAUGCGUCCAGCACAUAAGUCACAGUUCCUGUCCCCUGGCAUAUGGGUCAGUGAGCUAUUCAAAUAGAUGAAAAGGUCAGUCAACAGAUUUAUUGAGCAACUGCUAUGUACCAAGCACGGUUGUAGGAAAUUAAGAUAAAAUAUGGUAAGCUCUAACACUGAAUGUUAGCAAAGUGCUAGAGGAAUAAAUCUGCAGUGUCACAUAACCCCUCAGUCCUGACCUUGAGAGUCCCUGCAGGCCCAGCUUCCCAUCGCCAGCAGCUGUAACUGUCUCUCUACGGGCUUCCCGUGGGAGCUAGAAACCCCUUUGACCCCCACACACAGUGGGCCAGAAGCGCUAGGGAAUUAAUUACCGCCCUUCCUCCGGGAACCAGCCUCAACCAGUGACUGUCUGGAGUUGAUGUAUAAAUACCCAGCUCCCUCACCCACUCAGGAGCAGGGAGGCCUAUUCAGAAGUGAAGGGGCAGCUGACACCCUGGAGAAGCCUUCAACCAACGGGCCACGGGAGCUGUCAAACUGUUCCAGGUAAUAGCAGAUGACACUGGCUCCGUGGGCCUUUGAGAAGUUCCAGGACAAAUAAUGGCAUUUCUAAUACAUGUUCGAGGGGAAACACCCAAGACCCAAAAUAGAAGCCUUCAAACCGACACAUCAGGAAUCAGAGCAAAGUGUCUCCUGACUUCUUUCAAACGGGGGUUACUUGUAACAAGUUUAAAUUCUGUGGAUAAUAAAUUAGGAGGCUCUAGUAUGUCCCUGCAAAUGCCACUGAGUUUUCUACAAGUGCAAAAUGGACAUAUGUCUUUGAGAUCCUUCCCGUGGCUAAAAAUCCUACAUUGAAGUGAUUGCAUCUCUUGCAAGGACCACCCGCUGGAGACACCUCCUGAACUCUAAACAGGACUUCACUUAACUGCUUUUCAGCACAAUCAGAUGGAAAUUUCGAGAUUCUAAAGCCAGUUAAAGUCUCACCACUGCUCCGUCCCAAACGCCACAUCUGGAUACGGCUGUCAUGCUCUCAGCCCCCUGCACGAGGGGAAGGACCCUCCACGUUCUGGACCCCAGCUGGAGCCACUUCAAUCGGUCGUCGCCCCAGUGGCCGCCCCGGAGCACGUGUUGCUGCCCGUCUGCGUCAAGGCUGGGUAAAUAGAUGACUGGCUAACAGCGCCGGGAGGGGCUAUUUAAGCAGCAGCCUCCUGCCGGCCCACCCUGAACUUGGCUGGGCUCCCCGCCGCUCCGGUGGAAACGCGAAGCCAGCUGCGUCCUACUCUGAAGCCAUGAACGGAGGCGUGUGCCUGUGCGUGCUGAUGGCUGUACUGGCGGCGGGCGCCCUGGCGCAGCCGGUACCCGCGGCGGACCCUGCGGGCCCAGGGGCGCAGCAGGAGGAGGAAGCGCUCCGGCGGCAGCUGAGGGCCGUGCAGAAGGUGGACGGCGAGCCCCGAGCGCACCUGGGCGCGCUGCUGGCCAGAUACAUCCAGCAGGCCCGGAAAGCUCCUUCUGGCCGAAUGUCCGUCAUCAAGAACCUGCAGAGCCUGGACCCCAGUCACAGGAUAAGCGACCGGGACUACAUGGGCUGGAUGGAUUUUGGUCGGCGCAGUGCUGAGGACUACGAGUACCCGUCCUAAGGGCCCCCGCCUUUGUCAGCAGCCAGGAAGCAACCUCCUGGCUCAGAGGAGGCAGAAUACGAAAACAAUGACACUCACGACCCAUUGUCUCUGAAGUUUGACGUUUUAAGUAUCUGUUUAUUAAGUUUUCAAUGUGAAAACUAUGUCCGUAAUCUUGUUCACUACAACCUCGCCCCUCACCGGAAUUGUACGAGCGGAAGACAAACCAUCUUCCUCGUCUGUGA